AUGGAAUCCUUCCGAAUCUUCACUCCGUCGCCCAUCCUGGGCUAUGGGUAUGACCUUGACGAAUUUUGGACGACCGUUAACUCACUUCGACCCGCCGCCAUCAUCGUCGACGGCGGUUCCACCGACCCCGGGCCGUAUAUGCUGGGGACCGACAAAACGAUCUGUUCCCGGGCCUCCUAUCUGCGGGACAUGGCCCCAAUGCUGGAGGCGAGUGCGCGGUACGGGAUGAAGCUGCUGGUCGGGUCGGCGGGCGGUGCCGGAACGAACAGCCAAGUAGACUUCAUGGUCGAUAUCGUUCGGGAACUGGCCGAGAAACACGGAUGGUCCUUCAAGAUCGCUACCAUCAAGUUCAGGGAUGAUCGGUCGCUCUUCAGCAGCAAAGUCCGAUUCAGCGCGACUUCUCCUUGUGGCCCUGGACCACAAUUACGCGAAGAAGACGUUGCCGAUGCUUCGCAAAUUGUGGGCCAGAUGGGCGCUGAGCCCUUCUUGAAGGUGCUCGAGGACAGCACGAUUGAUAUCAUCAUGGCCGGUCGUUCCUACGACCCCGCCCCCUUUGCCGCCUUUGCGAUGCACCAUGGCGUGGAGCGGUCCUCGGCAUGGCACAUGGGAAAGAUCAUGGAAUGUGGCGGGUUAUGUGCCUUGCCCAAGGGUCGCUCCAUGGUCGCGACCAUGCAUCGAGACAGUUUUGUCCUGAGCCCGUCGAGCCCCGCCGAACGAUGCACGCCUCUCUCGGUAGCCGCACACACCUUCUAUGAAAAGACCCGACCCGAUCGGCUUCCAGGUCCUGGAGGCUCCCUCUUUUUGGACAGGGCCAUCUAUCGGCAGCAACCGGACGGUCGAAGCGUUCUUGUUAAAGGAGCUACGUUUGUCCCCGCUCCGUUGUACCAAGUGAAGCUCGAGGGGGUCAAACAUCUAGGACACCGCACUAUCUUUAUCGGUGGGAUCCGGGACCCCAUUUUGAUCCAGGGCCUGGACGACUUUCUGCGACUGGUCCAGCAGACCGUCCAACAGGCGUUUCCGUCCGUCAACGCCAGCGACACCUGUCGGCUCGUCUUUCACGUCUACGGCCGAAACGGAGUGAUGGGCCCCUUGGAGUCGAUGAAGGGCUCGGAUCCCCAUGAACUGGGCAUCCUGGGAGAAGUGCUGGCGCCUACUCAGGAAGAUGCUGAUGCGGUGGCUGGAUUCGCCCGCGUCACUAUGCUGCACGGGUCAUACGAGGGACAAAUCGCCACGGGUGGGAAUCUGGCAUCCCCUCUGACGCCCUUGGAGCAGUCAGCCGGCCCGGUAUUCCAGUUCAGCAUCUACCAUCUGCUCGAUAUUGCUGAUCCACUGGCCUUGUUCUCCAUCGACACUCUGACCGUGGGAAUGAAGAAGGUCGUCCCGGUGGUGAAACUGAAUGCGAAUCCCAAUCCCAAACCCAACCCAACCGGAAAGACAGUCUCAUCGCAGUCGCGUGAGCGUCCACCGAAGAAUGUACCUUCAGGACCAUGCACCAUCAAGGACAUCGCGUCGAUCGUCCGGUCAAAGAAUUCAGGACCCUUCGAAAUCACGCUAGACAUCCUGUUCGAUCGGGCCGAGCAUUUCCAUCGCGUGAAGGAGAGUGGCGUCCUGAAUGCGGAGACGAUCAAGAAACUUUAUCGUGCGCUCGACGAGGACAUCAUCACGUUGAUGUUCUUCGAGCCGGCCUUGGGCUGGAAAUGUACCCUGAGACGCUCAUGGCCUCAGGGCAGCUUCGGCGAGAGAGAUACGUUUGGCACGCAGCAACAUGCGCCGCUGUUGUCGAUUCCGAUCCCGGGUUCUUUCGUGGGAGCGAAACUGUAG